ACGCUGGUGGUGGCCGAUGCGUCCAUGGCUGCCCUCUACAGCGCCGACCUGCAGAACCACAUCCUAACCCUGAUGUCGGUAGCAGCCCGCAUCUAUAAGCACCCCAGCAUCCAGAACGCCAUCAACCUCGUCGUGGUGAAAGUGCUCAUAGUGGAAGAUGAAAAGUGGGGCCCAGAGGUGUCGGACAAUGGCGGGCUCACACUGCGCAACUUCUGCAGCUGGCAGCGGCCCUUCAACAAGCCCAGCGACCGCCACCCAGAGCACUAUGACACAGCCAUCCUGCUCACAAGACAGGACUUCUGUGGGAAUGAUGGGCACUGCAACACCCUAGGCAUGGCGGACAUCGGCACAAUCUGUGACCCCAGCAUGAGCUGCUCCGUGAUCAAAGACGAGGGCCUACAGGCAGCCUACACCGUGGCCCACGAGCUAGGGCACGUUCUCAGCAUGCCCCAUGAUGACUCCAAGCCCUGCGUUCGGCUCUUUGGGCCCAUGGAAAAACACCACAUGAUGGCGCCACUCUUUAUCCACUUGAACAAGACGCUGCCCUGGUCUCCCUGCAGUGCCAUGUACCUCACCGAGCUCCUGGACGAUGGCCAUGGGGACUGUCUCCUGGAUGCCCCUACCUCAGCCCUGCCCUUCCCCACAGACCUCCCAGGCUGCAGGGCCCUCUAUGACCUGGACCAACAGUGCAAGCAGAUCUUUGGACCAGGUUACCGCCACUGCCCCAACACCUCUGAGCAGGACACCUGUGCCCAGCUCUGGUGCCAAGUGGAUGGUGAUGAGGGCAUCUGCCACACGAGGAAUGGCAGCCUGCACUGGGCUGAUGGCACCCGCUGUGCACCUGGGCGCUUGUGCUUGGAUGGCAGUUGUCUGCCAGAAGAGGAAGUGGAGAGGUCCAAGGCAGUGGUGGAUGGAGGCUGGACCCAGUGGGGACCCUGGGGAGAAUGUUCCCGGACCUGCGGAGGUGGAAUACAGUUUUCAUAUCGUGAAUGCAAAGAUCCUCAGCCUCAGAAUGGAGGAAAGUACUGCCUGGGUCAGAGAGCCAAGUACCAGUCCUGCAAUACAGAGGAGUGCCCCCCUGAUGGGAAAAGCUUCAGAGAGCAGCAGUGUGAGAAAUAUAAUGCCUACAAUUACACUGGCCUAGAUGGGAAUUUACUGCAGUGGGUCCCCAAAUACUCAGGAGUGUCUCCCCGGGACCGCUGCAAGUUGUUCUGCCGAGCCCGGGGAAGGAGAGAGUUCAAAGUGUUUGAAGCCAAGGUGAUUGAUGGUACCCUGUGUGGGCCAGAGACUCUGGCCAUCUGCGUCCGGGGCCAGUGUGUCAAGGCGGGCUGUGACCACGUGGUGGACUCGCCAAAGAAGCUGGACCGAUGCGGAGUGUGCGGGGGCACAGGCAACACGUGCAGAAAGAUCUCCGGUUUCUUCACACCCACAAGAUAUGGCUACAAUGACAUUAUCACCAUCCCACCUGGUGCCACAAACAUUGAUGUGAAACAGCGGAGCCACCCAGGGGUUCAGAACGAUGGCAACUACCUGGCUUUGAAGACUGCUGAUGGGCGAUACCUGCUCAAUGGCAACCUGGCCAUCUCUGCCACAGAGCAGGACAUCCUAGUGAAUGGGACCAUCCUAAAGUACAGUGGCUCCAUGUCCUCCCUGGAGCGCCUACAGAGCUUCCAGCCGCUAUCAGAGGCUCUGACAGUGCAGCUCUUGACUGUACCUAGUGAGCUCCCCUCCCCCAAAGUCAAAUAUUCCUUCUUUGUUCCAAAUGACGUGGACUUCAGUAUACAGAGCAGCAAAGAGAGAACAACCCCUAACGUCAUCCAGCCACUGCUCCUCACACAGUGAGUGCUGGGGGACUGGGCUGAGUGCUUCAGCACUAGCAGAACCAGCUGGCAGCAGUGGAUAGUGGAAAACAGAGACCCCGCAGGACAGGCCUCUGUCAUCUGUAACAGGGCUCUGCAACCUGAGCGUCCCAAGCCCUGUGAAAGCCAGCCAUGUCCUCUGUGAUCUCAUGGAGGAAAAGAGCUUGUGCUCAUGGAAUCGGGGUAUUGGGGUAUAGACAGGGUCCCCUUUUUGGUGGCCCAUAUAUCAAAGUAGCAUGACCUGCCCAGGCCUCCUAUUGCCACAGCCCCUUGGGUGCUGCCUAAUUCAUAAGGGGAGGAGAAGUGGGGAUGGGGCAGCAGAUUGAAACUCAACUGCCUAAUGGACUGGACCUUGCUCAGGUUCAAGUAGAAGGUGUAGGUUAAAAGGUUAAAAUGCACUUAUUGACCCAAAUGGGAGACUCAGAGCCAGCCUGUUUGCAAAGGACUCACAAGGCUAAAUGAAAGAAAUUCUUUUCUAUUUGGUUCCCUGUUAAAUAAUCUACCUCAGAGGGGGAAAAAAAAUUAGUUCAAGAGAGGAGUGGGGUAGGGAGUCAAUGGUGAAUGUCAAAGCAAGCCCCACAGCUACACCCCAAGGGGUCUUUGGCAAUGGCCACAACUGUCUUCAGUGUUAAAAUCCAUCGCUUAAAGGGCUGCAGUAUCUGUCACAGGGUUGUGGAGAGCCACAUGUUCUCA